AUGGCAUUCUCAAUCAAUGCUUCCUUACCGACUGGUAUAGUUUUUAUCUUGUUUUUGUACAUCAACUUAGUUUCUGCGGUUCCAUUCUUUACAAAUAGUACGGUGCCUACGAAUCUCACAACAACUUGUUCGAAUGCAUUGCUAAAAGACGUUACCGGGUGCACCUCACUUGUUCCGGUUUUUCGAAAUGGGUUCUUCUAUCUAACUUCAAGUCUUGAAAAAACAUGCACACCAGCAUGUUCAACAGCACUGGCAUCCUACGAAGGCGGAAUUGCAUCUGCAUGUGUAGGUCAGAGCUGGGCUGGAUAUGACGAUGGGAACGAUAUGCCACUUGAUAUCAUCCCAAACCUGAUCAAAUUUCAAUACGAUCUGACUUGUCUUCAAGACUCUGGGAGAUGGUGCAAUGUAGUUGCAGCUUCAGCGGCGGUGGGUGGAGAUCCUGGUCGUAAGUUUCUUCUACCCCGGAUUCGCUCAAAAUCAUGAGCCUGUUUGUUCAAGUGUAACUGAUGACGACCAUAUCAGUCAGUCCCGUUGGGUGGGAUAGCAGUGCUAUCAACGGUAGCGAGCCCUCCGGUCCAUGCGAUUUGUGUUUGAUCAAGAAUCUUCAAAUGCAAGCAGCUUCUCCUUACUACGACGGGCCAGAGCUCAGAAGUCAGUCUAUAUAUGAUACAAAAACUUCAAGUUGUGGCGUGACCAACCUUCCUCUUGCGACAUCAACAUUGUCAUUUUCCACGUAUGUUAUAUCGCGGAUCCUAUUUGGCAAUGCUAAUAACUUGUAGCCCUCCAUCCGCUGAAACAGAACACCAGCAGCGUGUACCGGCAAAACCUAUGCUAUAACUUCCGGUGAUUCUUGCUACAGUAUAUCCAAAUCCCAAGGAAUUGGAACUGCAUGGCUGCUCUCAGACAACAAUCUGGGUGCUUACUGCUCUGAUUUUCCAAGCAGUGGUAACCUCUGUCUGACUAACACCUGUGAUACCGUCGAGGUUGGAGUAAACAGUACUUGCAAGGAAAUUGCAAAAGCUGCUAAUAUCACCGAAUCACAAUUGAAGGCAUGGAAUCCAGUAGGUUUCAUGCACCCUCUCCUGUUCAAUGGGUUUUAACGAAAUUUAGUCGAUCAACGCAGGAUGCUACAAUGUCGAAAAAAUGAACGGAACUCAAGUUUGCAUAUCAGGGCCAGGAACACCCUAUGUCGUACCUCAUGCCACCGUUACCUUGGCACCGAGUAUAGCCUCAACUGCUGUAGCUGUUCCCACUGAUGCUGCCGACGCGGUAAACCGUAAUUGUGGUAGAUGGUAUCAUGCAGUUUCUGGUGAUUACUGCAAUCUCCUUACUCUGAGGUUUAGUAUAUCCUUGCAGGACUUUGUCUUUCUGAAUCCCCCAAUUAACGAGAACUGCACAAAUCUUUUCGCGGAAGAAAGCUAUUGUGUUCAGGCUGUGGGUGAUAGUAAGUCAAGAAUCUAAGCUCAUCUUCAUGUGAUGUCGUCUAAUUAUACAGUCAACACAUACUCGGGCCGACCUGGCUACCAUACCUUGAUACCGAGCAAUACCGCGUCUUUCAUACCACUCGUUCUAACACCAACGACAGCAGCAACUACUAUACCAACCCCUACAGCUUUGCCACUGGCUCCAGGAACACGAGAUGAUUGUAGUAACAUGUUUGAUGGAGCAAUAUUUCAGAAGGAUAUUACCGGAACGAUGCAUUUCAAUCAGUGCGACUUUGCAGCAGAUAUUUACAGGGUAGAUAUAGAGGAUUUCGGACUGUGGAACCCGGACAUAGGGAAUGUUAGCUUGUCGACCUGUUCGUUCAAACCGGGAACGCAAUAUUGCGGAAAGCUCUUUUCUGGCCAAGCGCCUCUUCCAGUUGCGGGACCAAGCUUUUCACUUCCACUAAGGGUAGUCCUUCUCAUUCUUUUUGAUCGAAGAAUAUCGCUGACUCCAACAGGAUGGUUCAUCUCCAAACUGUACUGAUUACGCUGAUGUUUAUGAUUACACGACAUGGUCAGUAAAUAAUCUGAAAGUCUUUCAACAGUGGCCUCAGCUUACCAGCUUUCCAGUGCCGAUGUGCUCAGCCUUUACAGUCUUACAAUAGCCCAAUUUUUCCAACACAAUCCUAUAAUUGGAUCAGAUUGUGGUAAUUUAUGGACCGGUAAGUUGUGAUGGAUUCAAACAAAGUUCGAAUGUGUUCUAACCUCAAAAAUAGGAUAUGCAUACUGCAUCCGAGACCCUACUUAUUCAGAUCCGACCGUGACAACGAGCCAAACUUCGGAUACAUCUAGUCCCACUCCAACAAUUUCAACAGGACCUGCUGCUCCAACGCACUCUGGCCAACCGGCAAACUGUAUUAAGUGGUAUACGAUCUCGGAUGGCGAUGGGUGUUCUAGUGUUGAGAACCAGUUUUUCAUCACACACGCACAAUUCAUAGCUUGGAACUCGGCAGUAUCUAAUGACUGUGGGACAAACUUCUGGCUUGGGUAUGCUUAUUGUGUUGGGACCGCCGAAACUGUAACUGUGACGCGUACUUCUGCUCCAGUAGAACCAACCCCUACACAAAUUUCCAUUCCGGAACCAAACCAACCAAACAAUCCUGUUUCUAACUGCAACAAAUUUGAUAUAACCAUUGACGGCGACUACUGUUCCGUAAGUCCUCUUCCACUUUUGGUUUAAGGCCUGAUUGUUAACGUGCCUUUAGCGAUUUGCCGAACGCAACUCUAUUAGCUUAUCGCAAUUUUAUGCUUGGAACAAGGUACUUAAUAAUGGAAACGCGUGUGAUUCUUCCUUUUGGUUAGGAUAUUAUUACUGCAUUGGUGUUUCUGGACGAGUCGAAUGGCAAUUUGCUUUUGCCUGGCUCCUUCAUGCGAGUUCUUUGUGCAUUACUCUUGAUUAUGAAGAGUGCUUCCGGCUCCAACCUCUCAUAUGAAAUUUGAAGUGGCUUCUUGCC